GAAUUCCUUUUCAAAUUUUAUUUUCGGGGAAAAAAAAUCCCUUUUACUCGGCCGUUACGUUUUAUUAAUAGUUCGACGUUUUGAGUAUAUAAAAGUUCGAGAUAAUUUUCAAAUCCCUCUUUUGCAAGUUCAUGCGGGAGGUUCUUGUUGCCGUUGUUGCUUUGUUCUGUCGGUUCGUCUGUUUUGUGUCGCGGUUAGUCCACCGGCUUUCAGCAAAUCUGCAGUUAUACAGACGAGAUGUCUUCUCCAUAUGCCAACGUUUUGCUCGACAUGGGCUUCUCUAUAGACAAAGUAAACCGUGCCCUUGAAGUUACCGGUAACCAAGGUGUUGAGCCAGCCAUGGAAUGGUUGCUAGCACAUGGGGAUGAACUCGAAGAUUCUAGUCUACCUCCGGCUAAAGAAAAUGCUCAGACAGUAAAUACGAUGGAUAAAGUUCGAGAUCAGAGUGAACCCAGCCAAAGCAGCGUUCCGAGCACAAGUUCAGCCACCGAAGCUAACGAGGCGGCGAAUUCUCUAAAAUGCGAAGAAUGUGGAAAAUUAUUUGUAACGCAGUUGGAGGUUGAAGUUCACGCUACAAAAACAGGACAUUCAAAAUUUUGCGAAUCGACCGAACAGAAGAAACCUUUGACUGAAGAAGAGAAGAAAGAGCAGCUCCGCCUUGUCGAAAUGAAAAUCAAAGAGAAAAAGAAAGAAAGGGAAGAAAGAGAAAAAGCUGAAGCUUUAGAGAGGGAGAAAAAUCGAAUCAAGGCUGGAAAAGAAUAUGUCGCCAUUAAAAAAAAAUUAGAAGAUGAUGAAUUAAAGAAAGCGAUAGAAUUGAGAAAAAGGGAGAAAGAAGAAGAUAGGAUGGCAAGGCAGAGGAUAAAGGAACAGAUUGAAGCCGAUAAAGCUGCGAGGAGGGCGAAAGCUGCCGAAGCCGCGGGAACGCCAUUCGUUUCACCCACGGUCGUCAGUUCGCCAAAACCUGCCGUUGUUUCAAAAGACUACACUGAAACUAAAUUACAGAUUAGAUUAACAAACGGUCAAUCGUUGACUCAAUCAUUCGGCAUCAAGGAACAACUGUCCGCUGUUAGGUUAUACAUCCAGAUGAACCGAACCGACGGUGAAGGGCCAUUUUUACUCAUGACGACUUUUCCCAAAAAGGUUUUUCAAGACGAAGACUUCGACAAACCGUUGGAUGUACUCGGUCUUGUCCCAUCUGCAGUAAUUACAGUUUCAAAAGUACUGAAUUGAGCUGUGGUUAGAAUGUACAAAUCAAUUUCUAGGUUUAUUGCAUUUGUAAAAAUGAAACAUUGAAAAAAAAAAAUUGUUUUGUACAUAAAUGUUUUACUAUUGUAAAUAAAAAAAACUAUUUGUUAAAAAAAUAUAUAAAAAAUGAUAAUUUUUUGAUAUGCUCAAAUUAAUUUAUAAGAAAAGAAUCUAGUUUUUUUUUUUUAACUAAAUUUUCUUUUCUUCUCUAUUUUAUUGUGUUGCGAUAAAGAUUUUUAACACGUAAAACAUAUCUUACAGCAAAUUCCUAUUUAAUUUGGUGUUUUCGAUAUGAAGUUAUUGAGCACCUUGUGUUAACAAUACAGUUGUAAUUAAUUGAAAAACAAUAAAUUUUCUAUUAAAAAUA